AUGGCCUCGUGCGCGCGUCUGACCGGCCUACCGACGCGACCCCGCACGCGCUCUCUGCUCCAUAGUCGGCAAAGAUCGCGUUCAGCCCUGCGACGCAUCCACAUUCGUCUCGUAGACGAGGCCACGUACAAUCUCAUGGUCGAGGACGGUAAGGGCUCCCAGGAGCUGGCGGGCGUCCACGACUUCGCAGCCGGUCUCGCACACAACACCGUCCUGCGCAUGCUCGCCCUGGACGAGUUCACCGGCUUCGCGGAGCCUGGCGGCUUCGUAGCGCUCGCCGACGCGCUGCGCACCAACACCGCGCUCCGGUCUCUGUCCAUCAAGGAAGCCGAGUUCAGCCGCGACUGCGGGGGGGCAAUGCACGUGCUCGUGCAAGCGCUGCGGCACAACCGCGGCCUGCGCUGCAUCGAGCUCGGCUACGGCAGCGACACUGGCGACGAUGCCAAGCGGAUGAUGGUGCAGGCCCUCAGGGAGAACACCACGCUGCAACGCCUGUGCGUGGGGAGGCUGCUGCGCGAAGAGACGCGCGUCUACGGGUUGUCCUUCGGCGACAGCAUCGAGAACGUCGACGGGCCCUUCCCCCGGAUCGUCCUGCACGACACCCCCUGA